AUGGCUUCAUUUCCGGGGCCUAGACUCAGUGCAGGAAAUGAGCCUACCUUGGCACAGAAAAUUGUGCGAUAUCUCAAAAACAAAGUCCCUCGCGGAUUUCGUCUAUGCAUUCCUGAUGGAAACACUGUCGUCUUGAAGGGAAUAAUUCUACUUGUCGCUAUUGCUUAUCUUUAUACAAUUCAGGUUGUCAUUUUUUCCACGCGGAGAAAGCCAAUCGAAUUAUACCACCUACAAACGGGGUACACUAUGCAGCCGCAUUCCUACAUCAUCAAGAUUCAAUUUUAUCCGUGGGAGAGUGGUGCCGCGGGUGGUCACAACACAUACACAAGUCAUACAACAAUGGUUUCUCCUCCUGCAGACCAGAAG